AUGUCUUUUACUAGGCGCAUAGUGCGGUGCGUCUCUUUGUUCCUGAAUCAUUGGCUUGACGACUCAGCCAAGACUGCGAACGUCCAGUUCGCAUUGUUCAUAGAUAGAAAGAAUAACAACAAGAAUCCAUACCUCAUAUUCGUACCUUUCGUUGUGCAUUGA